AGAGAGAGAGAGAGAGAGAGAGAGAGAGAGAGAGAGAGCUAAUUAGUAUUACUGAGAUGGUGUCAGAGCUGCAGAGCUGAGAUACAUGAGAAGUGACUUCUGAAGAGAGUUCUGUUCUCUGAAGGAUAUUGCGGCUGACCUACAGGACAUUUGUUUGUGGGGUUUUUUCCCUUCAUUUUUCAAAGGGACUCAAUUUAGUUGGAUGCAGGUUUAGCUUAGCCUUCUGUCAUGAAUCUUCUGGGAAGCUGUAUGAAGAGGGGGCAGACUGGCUGCCACAGAGGUGGUCUGGCUGGGCCCUGUCAGGUCCUGCUCCUGGCCUGCUGUAUCCUAGUAGUCCUGGGGGCCAAGCCAAAGACACCUGGCCACAAACACCUCAACUCCAUCCGCAUAGAUGGGGAUAUCUCUCUUGGUGGCCUCUUCCCGGUACACGCCAGAGGCAGCGACGGUAAAGCCUGUGGGGAGCUGAAGAAGGAGAAGGGGAUCCACAGACUAGAGGCCAUGCUGUUCGCACUGGACCGCAUCAACAACGACCAUGAGCUGCUGCCCAACAUCACUCUGGGUGCCAGGAUCCUGGAUACCUGUUCCCGGGACACCCACGCCCUGGAGCAGUCGCUCACCUUUGUCCAGGCGCUCAUCGAGAAGGACGGGACGGACAUCAAGUGCCUGAGCGGCGGGCCGCCCAUCAUCACCAAGCCUGAAAGGGUGGUGGGUGUCAUCGGGGCCUCCGCCAGCUCUGUGUCAAUCAUGGUUGCCAAUAUCCUGCGGCUCUUCAGGAUCCCCCAGGUGAGCUAUGCCUCCACGGCUCCGGAGCUGAGCGAUAACACGCGUUACGACUUCUUCUCCCGCGUCGUGCCCCCGGACACCUACCAGGCACAGGCCAUGGUGGACAUAGUUAAAGCCAUGCGCUGGAAUUACGUGUCCACAGUAGCAUCAGAGGGUAACUAUGGAGAAAGCGGUGUGGAUGCCUUCAUACAGAAGUCCCGCGAAGAGGGAGGUGUGUGCAUCUCUCAGUCAGUGAAGAUACCACGAGAACCUAAGCCUGGAGAGUUUGACAAGAUCAUCCGCAGACUGUCAGAGAACCCCAAUGCACGGGUUGUUAUUCUCUUUGCCAAUGAAGAUGACAUUAGGCGGCUUCUUCAAGCAGCUAAGAAGGACAACCAGACAGGACAUUUCAUAUGGGUGGGGUCAGACAGCUGGGGGUCUAAGAUCUCCCCCAUACUCAACCAGGAGGAGAUGGCAGAAGGUGCCGUUACCAUCCUACCUAAACGUCAGUCCAUCCGAGGGUUUGAUCGCUACUUUAUCAGCAGAACUUUGGACAACAACAGAAGGAAUAUUUGGUUUGCAGAGUUCUGGGAAAACAACUUUCAGUGCAAACUCAGUCGACACGCUCUGAAGAAAGGAUCCGGCAUCAAAAAGUGCACAAACCACGAGCGGAUCGGGAAGGACUCGUCCUAUGAGCAGGAGGGAAAGGUCCAGUUUGUGGUCGACGCAGUCUACGCCAUGGCUCAUGCCCUACACAACAUGCACAAGGAGCUCUGUCCAGGCAAUGUGGGCCUCUGCUCCAAAAUGGAAACCAUCAAUGGAACCAUGUUGCUCAAGUUCAUUCGCAAAGUCAACUUUACAGCCAAAUGAAAGAUUCCAGAGUCUUCCAGAGAGCAGCACGAAAAAUGCCACUCCCAACAAAUCCGCAAAGAGAACAUAAAAGCAAAAUCAAGCUGCUAUUGCAGGGGAGCAAACCAAUAUUACUAGCUUACUGUUACUCAGUCCAGAGAAACUAAUCAGCAUUUGUAUGGAAUCUCUUUUGCCAGAGAAGCAUUUGAAGUGGUGGUAGUUCACUGCACUGUUGUACACUGCAGUCAAAAGAAGAGAAAAAACAUUGUGUUGUUGUAAUGGAACAAGCUUUAAGAAAAAUACACUAGUUGUGGCUGAAAUAUCAAACAAGACAGUGGACAUUUGAUUAAAAUCAGCUGGACUGUAUAAAGCUUGGUUAUUGAUAGCUUGUAGAUCGAUUGAAGAUCAACAUAAAACAAAAGUUCUAAGAUGAUUAACACUUUAGUCGUGGAACUCAAUACGGUUUAGCUGACAGAAAAGUCGCCCACACUGUCUUAGUCAUUUUAUAAACCUGAAAGUGACAACCUCAUCUCCAGUCCACACAGGUGUUGAAAUGUCAAGGAAAGACAAACUCAGAUCGCCUAAUAACCAAUUGUGUGAGUGUGACUCAUUGGCCUGCUAGGCUAUUUUAGAGUACGGUCUCUGUCUGAUGUCACUUUCAUCUGUUCUAAUAAGGUGCUGCUAAUUAUACAUCAACUGAGCAGAAGGUCAGAGUGAUGCAGAGUGGAGGCAAUCAGACAUAAUGCAACAUGUGCAUCCUGACAUCCAAGGACUGCUCAGACCCCCCCUUAGAGCUAAUUAUAUGGUAAUAGGUGCCCUAUUUGAAUGGAGGUAGAGGAAGGCACAAUCCAAAUCGAGAAUGGAAGGGAGAGCCGUAGGGUCAGAAUAGAAUAGAAUAGCUGAACAGCAAAAUGGAGAGCUGCCUUAUCACAGGCUCGUAUUAACCUUCCAUAGAGGUGUGCUGCUUCUUAUGCACAAAAGGUGACUCUAUCAGGCAGAGUGUAUAUUGAGUAGGCAUACCAACCAAUCACCACCUCCGUAGAACAACGUCUACCUCUGCAGCUACCUGUUCAGCUUUGUAACUGAGAUGAUUACUUCAGAUCCUGACCUAAAUGGCUCAUCACCAGGCAUAGCCACACUGCACGUAGGCUGCUCUAGCAGCUCCUCACUCCCGUUCUGUGCUUCAGGGUUACUCUCUGUUAAGCUCGACCUGAGAGCUGUUGCAUUUUAUUGCUUUGAAUGUACACACAUUUCCUGAACGCAACACCGCUCAUUUGUCUCAAUGUAUCACGUUUCAGAUAAGACCCAGAUGCAGACAACGUCGAAGUAACAACAGUUUAUUAAUCAAACAGGGGUAGGCAAAAGACAGGUCAAGGGCAGGCAGAGGUCAGUAAUCCAGUUAGGUGGGGCAAAGGUACAGGAGGGCAGGUAGGCUCAGGGUCAGGGCAGGCAAAAGUCAGUAUUCCAGAAAGGUGGGGCAAAGGUACAGGACGGCAGGCAGGCUCAGGGCAGGCAGAAUGGUCAACACCGGGAAAACAUUAACAAUCGAGAGACAGGAGCAGAGGGGAAAACGCUUGUAGGCUUGACAAAACAAAACGAACUGGCAACAGACAAACAGAGAACACAGGUAUAAAUACACAGGGGAUAAUGGGGGAGAUGGGCGACACCUGGAAGAAGGUGGAGACAAUCACGAAGACAGGUGAAACAGAUCAGGGUGUAACACAAUGACUUAACUUUAAUUAACUCAGUUCCCUUCACUUAAAGGGAAUAUUGUCUGUCUGCAAAAUACAAUAAAAAGGGAAACCUUCUCUUAAGGAAUAAGCUUAGUUCUGUUAUCAUGUUUUCUCCUUUAGACAACCAAUUACAAGUUCUUCCCAAAAUGGAGACAACAUGCAAAUUAUAAUUAGAACAUUUCUCAUAUUUCUCAACUUGGUGAUUAUAUGUAUCCAGGUCACUCUCAUUUGGGUGUUUGUUCUAACACAAUAUGAAACAAAUUGGCCCAAUUUUCGAAACUCAGCACAAGAUGCACAAGUUCACAGCCUGAACCAAAGUUCAGACAUUAUGUCACGCCCUGGCCAUAGAGAGGCUUUUAUUCUCUAUUUUGGUCAGGCCAGGGUAUGACUAGGGUGGGCAUUCUAGUUUCUUUAUUUCUAUGUUUUCUAUUUCUUUGUGUUUGGCCGGGUGUGGUUCUCAAUCAGAGGCUGCUGUCUAUCGUUGUCUCUGAUUGAGAACCAUACUUAGGUAGCCCUUUUUCCACCUGUCUGUGUGGGAAGUUGACUUUUGUUUAGGGCACGUAGCCUUUAGCUUCACGGUUUGUUUUUGUAGUGUUUGUUGUUUUGUUCUGCGUCAUUUUUAUUAAUAAAAGAGAAAUGUACGCUCACCACGCUGCACCUUGGUCCUCUUCUUACGACAGCCGUGACACAUUAAGCUCCCUUUUGACAUCUAGCCAUCCCACUGCUCUCACCUUCAUGUCCAGUUCACUCAGUCUCCAACCUAGCAGUACCACUCCCCUAUGGAAAAGGACUUAGAAAACCCUUUACAUGCAUUACUGGAAUACUUCUCAGUAAUAAAACUACAGGUAUUGCAUUUAAACCUAAGAUGGCCUAAAAAUCAAUGCCAAAAACACAUUACCGGUAGGAUCUAUUGCUGUGAAGUCUUACUGUACCUUAGAAAGUAGAAUUUAAAAGGUUUUAAGGAAGAGAACAGGAAAUGUUGACAUGAUCUCAGUGUAUUCUGGGAACUAGAAGCACCCAUGCUGACUAGAGGAAAGGAGACACCUGGCCACUCCAGAUAUUGUUGACAAAGUUGAUUCUUAUGUUAGGCCUACCACCGUAUUGUCUGUGUCGUUUCAGAAACGUUUCUGUUGCGCUGGCUAGACUGUAUAUUUUUUUUUGUGAUAGCAUAACUUACAUUGUGAAGUCCCUUGGUUCAAAGAAAACACGGUUAGAGAUAAAAAGGUCUAAAUACCCAUAUCCAUUACACUAGAACCCAUCGGCUUCGCGUUCAUUAAAAGCAUUGAGCUGUUAGAUUUUUGUGAUUUUCGCAUGGCUGAGAUUGUUGCUGAGACUGUUGCUUUAGCUCACAAAAUGCAAUAUUGUUUGUCUACUUUUGAAUUCUUCAAACAAUGGAUACUUUUCCUCAUUGCGCGGCCUUAAGCAAAGCCUAGCACAUAUAAACUUGCUGUUUUGUAAAGCCAGUUAAUUGUUGUAACUGCCUGCGCAUGAAUGUUUAAUUACAGAGUGGGGAAGCAUAAACGCCAAAUGCCAUCCUCCCUGCCAGGCAACUAACAAAUUACGUGCCACAACAAACAGCAAGGGGAGGGUAAAAUACAGCAUGGAACUCAAUGCAUCACCCUUUUUGAGUUUUGUGUCACAUAGAGAUGACAGGGAGAGGCUGACAGGACAAUCAGCCACAGCAUUGGCCUUAGCUCUGCUCAAUUGGAUGACUAAUAACCAGGAAAGGCUGGGCCUCCAUUUUGAGUGGUUGUAAAUUAUAGUGUGUCACCACCGAAUCCCUGUGUUUUCAAAGCCUACUUUUGCAUUUACAGCGAAAUGUAGGAGAUUGUGGUAAUUGUGUAUCUUUCACUGUUAGCUUGGUUGCAGGAUUCUGAAGCAGUAACAGUGGCAUAGAGGAGAUGAUGUCUCGUAGAGAUAUACUUUAACUAGUGAUUUAUUCAGUUUUUUCCUGAUUGACCCCCAGAUAUGAUUAUGGAUUUGUGGUUUGCAUGCAGCUCACUUGAGACAUUUAGGGUAAACCACUGUGCAUACAUUACAGACCUUACCUCAAGCAUUGUCAACUGUUUUUCUGAAGUUCCUUAUUGAAUGUUCAGACUCAAGAACAACCCCUGGAAAAGCCUAUAUUUAUACCACAUGCGGUACCGAUAUGUAGGUUAAAUGCCAAGACACAAAACCACCGUCAUGAAAUGUAUUUAUGGAUAAUAUUUUUUACAUCUAACCUUUAUGAUUUUAGUACAAUGCAUGCCAUCUUUACAUAAUGUAAACAAUUCAAGUGCUUAGAAUAAUAUGCAGUACUUUUUAUACUCCAAAUACUGUAACUAUCAAUUAGUCAGUCAAUAAUUGGGUCAAGAUCAUUGGUUCUGGAGAAUGUAUUUCAGUUGACUGUGAUUUUAUACUGGACUAUUUUACCACUCUUCAGACCCUAUAGACUAUUGCUUCACAAUUUAACCAUAUGAUGCCAGUUUUCUUUACACAUUCGAGAAGUGCAGGCUUUGACAGUGACAAAACUACAGCAGAGCAAUAACCUCUGAGAUAAUGGAGAUGGACUUCUUUCUUACAAUAGCUGCAGGCAAGAAGCCCAGUCCACAGGCCUAGAAUGCCACUAAAUCUUUUCAAAAUACAAAAUGAUAUAGAGAGUUGACACCUUAAAAUACUUUUUUGAUUUAUCAAAUGCCCAUGGGAGCCUCUUGAAGAAGUAAAGUGUGCUAAUUCCAGUCUAUUUUCCAUCAGCUUCUUUAAUGAAUGACUUCUAAUGGUUACCAUUUUUAUCUGGCACUGGAUAAACCUUUCUAAUUCAAACUCAAAUCUUUUCAAUUACUCACAGAGUAUUUAAUCAAAAUGAUUUGAAAAGUGACUCGUAUAUGAAUACAUUUGGAGUAGUUUUAGUGUCGUGAGAAAUGUAUACAGUGGAGGCUGCAAGGCAUUCUCAUGUCUCACCACAGAUAACUUAAGUUUGCAAGCUGAGAAUAUUGGCUUUUGAUCUGCUCUUCAGUGCUGACAUCCUUUGACUUGUGGACAUUGUCCCCUUGGAACAUAUUCUCUUUAGAUAUAGACACAGUGACACCUUUACCGCAUGAAACGCCUUGUAAACUCAGCAAAAAAGAAAUGUCCUCUCACUGUCAACUGCGUAUAUUUUCAGCAAACUUAGCAUGUGUAAAUAUUUGUAUGAACAUAACAAGAUUCAACAACUGAGACAUAAACUGAACAAGUUCCACAGACAUGUGACUAACAGAAAAGGAACAAUGUGUCCCUGAUCAAAGGGGGGUCAAAAUCAAAAGUAACAGUCAGUAUCUGGUGUGCAUCUCCUCCUCAUGGACUGCACCAGAUUUGCCGGUUCUUGCUGUGAGAUGUUACCCCACUCUUCCGACAAGGCACCUGCAAGUUCCCCGAUAUUUCUGGGGGGAAUGGCCCUAGCCCUCACCCUCUGAUCCAACAGGUUCCAGACUUGCUCAAUGGGUUUGAGAUCCGGGCUCUUCGCUGGCCAUGGCAGAACUCUGACAUUCCUGUCUUGCAAGAAAUCACGCACAGAAUGAACAGUAUGGCUGGUGGCAUUGUCAUGCUAGAGAGUCAUGUCAGGAUGAGCCUGCAGGAAGGGUACCACAUGAGGGAGGAGGAUGUCUUCCCUUGUAAUGCACAGUGUUGAGAUUGCCUGUAAUGACAACAAGCUCAGUCCGAUGAUGCUGUUACACACCGCCCCAGACCAUGACGGACCCUCCACCUCCAAAUUGAUCCCGCUCCAGAGUACAGGCCUCGGUGUAACGCUCAUUCCUUCGACGAUAAACGCGAAUCCGACCAUCACCUCUGGUGAGACAAAACCGCAACUCGUUAGUGAAGAGCACUUUUUGGCAGUCCUGUCUGGUCCAGCGACAGUGGGUUUGUGCCCAUAAGCGACGCUGUUGCCGGUGAUGUCUGGUGAGGACCUGCCUUACAACAAGCCUACAAGCCCUCGGUCAAGCCUCUCUCAGCAAAUUGCGGACAGUCUGAGCACUGAUGGAGGAAUUUUGUGCUCCUGGUGUAACUCGGGCAGUUGUUGUUGCCAUCCUGUACCUGUCCCGCAGGUGUGGUGUUCGGAUGUACCGAUCCUGUGCAGGUGUUGUUACAUGUGGUCUUUCACUGUGAGGACGAUCAGCUGUCCAUCCUGUCUCACUGUAGCGCUGUCUUAGGCAUCUCACAGUACGGACAUCGCAAUUUAUUGCCCUGGCCACAUCUGCAGUCCUCAUGCCUCCUUGCAGCAUGCCUAAGGCACGCUCACGCAGGGACCCUGGGCAUCUUUCUUUUGGUGUUUUUCAGUCAGUAUAAAGGCCUCUUUAGUGUCCUAAGUUUUCUUAACUGUCAUCUUAAUUGCCUACCGUCUGUAAGCUGCUAGUGUCUUAACGACCGUUCCACAGGUGCAUGUUCAUUAAUUGUUUAUGGUUCAUUGAACAAGCAUGGGAAACAGUGUUUAAACCCUUUACAAUGAAGAUCUGUGAAGUUAUUUGGAUUUUUACGAAUUAUAUUUGAAAGACAGGGACCUGAAAAAGGGACGUUCUUUUUUUGCUGAGUUUAUUUUGAAUCUCCUUUCAAUAUCUUAGCUUUCUCACCGAUUAACUUUCACAGCUGAGAUCUGAGACCUGACUUGCACGGACACCUAUGUGUAUUGCUUUGACGUCUUGGCAUGUGUGAUGUCAAGUGCCACCAAAAUGAGCUACAACCAUAUUUCAAAGGGCUUGGGGUAAUGUGCAAUGGAGGGGAGGAGAGAGAGAAGGAAAGAGAGAGAGAGUUACUCUCCAUGGCCUUCUCUAUUUAAUCGACAGCCACACUAAUUUGGGGCAGCUGGCUGUGGUUCUCUACUCUCGGCUCCCAACAGAAAAUCACAGGAUCCCCAGACCCAUCAUUUGACACAGUGAGGAGUUUUUGGGAUGGCUCAGGACCAAGCAGGCACACACAGAGAGGGAGA